AUGAAGCUCGACCUAAUAUUAAAUACAAAUAAAACAAAUAUAUCAAAUAUUGAAGUAUCUUAUGAUCUUAAUAUCACACAAACAUCACUUACAGUUUUACAAAAAACUUUACCUCAAAGCUAUAAUUAUAUUAUCGAUUUAUUUAAAGUGGCUCAACCUCAUAAUUUUUUGGGUACUCAUGCAGAACUAUUUACAGCAAAAUUUCACAUAAAUAUUUGUACAGUUAAUGAUGCCAAGACAUGGCUUGAUGAUAAAACAAAAGAAGCAUUCUUUGAGCUUUUUCAUGUCAGGCAUAGUCCUGCAAGUGCACAUUAUACAUAUUUGGAAGAGAUUCAGCUGAAGUAUGAAAAUGAUGAGGAAAUUUUAGCAGAUCGAACAACUUGUCCAAACAAACAAGAUAUUUAUUACCUUUAUCAAAUGUUCCUCAACAAGUCUAUCAGCACAAAAAAUGGAAAAGAAAUGUUUAAUCGUUUGGCUGAAGAAGUUAUGAAGUUUAAUGAUAGCAAAAAAAGAAGUGUCUGGAUGCAAUCUUAUAUUGCUCCAACAGAAUCCGAUUCUAGACAACUAUUUAUUUUUAUAAUUUUAACUGAUUUAAUGAAACAUUGUCACACUUUGCAACAAGUUAGUAAACUAGUAUAUAUAGACACAAUGGCUAGUCUUAACACCCUUAAUACACCAUUAACUAUCAUUUCAACAAGCAUGCCAGUUGGUGGCUUACCUUUAGCU